AUGAAAAACAUUGGGGUUACCGCUUGCCAGUCCCGUUCAAAAGCCCAGUUUUGUUUGAUUGUGAUCAUCCUAUUGCUGAUCGUAUUUUUGUUUUUGCAUUCUGAAAAAGUGAUACACCAUCAUUAUCAAGAGUCACAGCAAAAUCAAUUGGUCAAUAGCGCUCCGGUAACAUCUAGAUAUCCGGCUUCGAAUCGCAGUUACAACUUGAUGGAAGAAAACGUUUCACCAGGACAAGAAAGCCAAGGCAACAGUGAAUGCUCCCUAGAUUACAUGAAUAGCCAGAAAUUGCCGCAGGAUCAUCCUUGCGUUAUCGAGACGAUCCGGCAACAUUACUUGAAUAAACCUUCACCACCGAGCAUCCCACUGAAAUUGGACUCUGAUGACGACAAGGAUCGAUCGCCUGGUCAAACGGGUGUCAUUUUAAGGCUAUUGAAAAAUAAAACAGAUGGAUUCUUCGUAGAAUGCGGAGCCCUGAAUGGUGAAUACAUGUCGAAUUCACUCGAUUUAGAAAGGAAAUACAACUGGAGUGGAAUACUGAUCGAAGCCAAUCCAAUUACUUUCCAAAAACUCUUGUCACGUAACCGAAAAGCGUGGACGCUGCCCAUCUGUCUCAGUUUAGAACCGUAUCCUACCGAGGUUAUAUUUCAGCCAAAGAGUGGUGAUCCUGGACACAGUCAUAUUGAAGCGGAUACAUUACAGAAACCUGGAAUACCGGGCGUCGAUCCUGAUGCGGUUAAAGUUCAGUGUUUUCCGUUUUAUUCCGUUUUGUUGGCAGUCGGGCGGACAGACGUGGAUUUUUUUAGUCUCGACGUCGAAGGACACGAACUGCAAAUACUCAAGACCAUCCCCUGGCACAAAGUUGACAUUAAGACGUUGACUGUUGAAUGGGACCACAUCCCGGAAGGCCAGGAAGCGUUGUCUCGUUUUUUGGAAGACAGUGGGUUCAUGAGGAUUGGAGCAUUUGAUUUUCAGUUCACCAGAGAUGUCAUCUUCGUUAAAGAUUUGAUUAAUAUCUGAUGAACGAUUCUU